UUUUUUUUUUUAUUCAUGUUAGCUUCUAAUACAGAUACAGAUAUAAAUACGUUUGAUUCACCCUUUUAUACGCCUUCUUUAUUUCAGACAAAUACCUUAUUUCAUAAUAGCACAUCUUCACCUAAACAUGAUUUGUUAUUCAGUCCAUCAGACAGACAUCAAGACUAUUAUCAACAUACGAUGGAUACCAUGUCACAACAAUUAAGAGAAGCCAAUCAAUUAAUACAAAAAUUAGCUAAACAAUUGAGUGUGAUGAAUAUGGAAAUGGAAAAGAAAUCAGUUCAAAUCAUUCAUCUUCAGUCAACACUUGCCUUGAAAGAAAAGCAGUUAAAAGCAACAGAAUCUUCCGAUCUAGUAGAUCUAGACACAAUGUCAAUCACUCAUUCCGAAACAAUCUUGGGUAACACAAGACAUCGUCGGCUAUUGGACAAAAGCAAGAUGAUAGACUGGGAUUCUUUAGUGGAUCGUAUCACAAGAGACACAGAUCAACAAGCAUCUCUAUUCAUGCAACAGAAAUUAAAAUCCGCUAGUCAAGUACAGAAACAGCAGAUAUACCAAGCCAUUUUACAUCAAGCGUAUGCUUUAAUGACCAAUCGAUUCGGAAAUUUCCUUGUCCAGCGACUGUUUGAACUAGGCACCCCUGAACAGAUUGAAACCUUAGCAGACAAGAUGCGAGGCCAUAUUGUUGAAUUGACAUGUGAACCUUUUGGCUGCCAUGUAGUACAAAAGGCGUUGGACUAUAUUCAAGAAGAAUCAAAAGCAGAUUUUUGUUCUGAACUGUUCUUUUGUGUUCCUCAGACAAUCACACAUAAAUAUGCUUGUCAUGUAUGGCAAAAGGUAUUUGAAUUAAGGUGGGUUCAUAUACCUCCUCCUCCUGUCAUGAAAUAUGUCCAUGCUGCCCUUCAAGGUCAAUGGGCUCAAGUGGCAUUGGAUGAAACAGGCAGUUUAGUGAUUCAGAACGUAUUUGAGAACCUAUUGGAACCAGAUAAACGCCCUGUCUUGGAUGAAGUCCUUCAGAACACCCUCUUGAUUGCUAAAGGCCAAUGGGGUAACUGGGUCAUUCAACACAUAUUGGAACAAGCAGAAAACAGAUCAGACCGUGAAGCAGCCUUUGAUAUUGUGAUUCGAGAAGCAGUCCAACUUUCAAUGGAUCAAUUUGCCUCUAAAGUAGUUGAAAAGGCACUCAGGAUGGGUGGACAGUCCUUCUUGACUAAAUUCAUUCAACGUAUCUCAGAUACAACUCAUCGGCCUAGAAUGGCUUUGAUUGAUAUUGCUUCAGAUCAAUAUGGUAACUAUGUCGUUCAAUGGUUAAUCAACAAUGCUUCUGAAGAACAAAAACUAUUUAUCUGUCGCUCUAUUAAACGCCAUAUGGUCUCUCUUCGUGGAUCCAAGUAUGGGCAACGAGUGGCUUUCUUGGUUGAAAAAGUAUUAAGACACCAAGAAAUCACAACCUAUCCUGCUUAACUUUUACCUUUGUAUAUAUUCAUUUAUUUAAAGAACAACAUAAAAAUAUGUACCGUGACACAUUUAUCUAUCGUCAAUUAAAACACAC